UAGUUAUUCUCUAUCGAAGCUAACAGCUAAAUCAUGGCACCGAAAACCAGCGGAAAGGCGGCCAAGAAGUCCGGCAAGGCUCAUAAAGUCAUCGUUAAGGGCGAGAAGAAGAAGAGGAGGCAACGCAGGAAGGAAAGUUAUGCCAUCUACAUCUUCAAGGUGUUGAAGCAGGUCCACCCGGACACUGGAGUCUCGUCGAAAGCCAUGAGCAUCAUGAACAGCUUCGUCAAUGACAUCUUCGAACGUAUUGCUGCUGAAUCGUCCCGUCUGGCUCAAUACAACAAACGCUCGACGAUCACCUCCCGCGAAAUCCAAACUGCUGUCCGUUUGCUGCUGCCGGGUGAGUUGGCCAAGCACGCUGUCUCUGAAGGAACCAAGGCCGUCACCAAGUACACUAACUCCAAAUAAAUUCGUACCAUCCAAACAAUCGGCCCUUUUCAGGGCCACAAAUCGAUUUCCACCGUGAAAGAGGUAUUGAUGAUUUAUUGAACUUUUAAAUGUUCGAAAGCAGCGUUAGCAA